GCUCCAACCUCUCCUGCCAAACUGUCCACUUCGCCACCGAAAAGCAACAAAGGUAGCGCUUGGCAAGAAUGGAUUCCCUUAGCACAGCAAACACUGAAUUUUGCCUUGAUGUGUUCAAAGAGCUGAACAGUAACAACGCAGGAGACAACAUCUUCUUUUCCCCGCUGAGUCUGCUUUAUGCUCUAAGCAUGAUCCUCCUUGGAGCCAGAGGAAACAGCGCGAGGCAGAUGGAAAAGGUGCUUCAUUUUAAUCAUAUUGAAGAAUCUUUAGGACCAGAGUUCAAGGACUCAGCUAAGUGCAGCCAAACUGGAAAGAUUCAUUCAGAGUUUGGAGUUCUGUUCUCUCAGAUCAACCGGCCAGACUCUAACUACACCCUCAGCAUUGCCAGCAGACUCUACGGGACCAACGCGAUGGCAUUCCACCAGCAAUACUUACACUGUUCUGAGAAACUGUAUCGAGCCAGGCUGCAAACGGUUGACUUUGAAAGGUCUGCGGAGGAAACGAGGAAGGCUAUUAAUGCUUGGGUUGAAAAUAAAACUAACGGAAAAGUCACUAACCUCUUUGGAAAGGGCACGAUUGACCCUUCUUGUGUCAUGGUCCUGGUGAAUGCCAUAUAUUUCAAGGGACAAUGGCGAAACAAAUUCCAGGAAAGAGAGACGAUGAAAACGCCCUUUCAGCUAAGUCAGGGUAAAAGCGUAACUGUGGAAAUGAUGUAUCAAACUGGAAUGUUCAAAUUGGCCUUCAUCAAAAAGCCACAGAUGCAAGUCCUUGAGCUGCCCUAUGUUAACAACACGCUAAGCAUGAUUAUUCUGCUUCCAGUGGGCACGGCUGAUCUACAGCAGGUAGAAGAGCAGCUGAACGCGAAGACGUUCUCUGAGUGGACCAGCCCCUCUAACUUGGUGGAGCAGGAGGUUGAAGUGCAUCUCCCCCGAUUCAAGCUGGACGUCAAGUAUGAGCUCAACUCGCUGUUGAAAUCCCUUGGGAUGACCGACAUCUUCAGCCAGGUCAAAGCUGAUCUUUCUGGAAUAUCACCUACCGAGGGCCUCUUUGUAACAAAAGUCAUCCACAAGUCAUAUGUGGAUGUCAACGAGGAGGGCACGGAGGCAGCUGCGGCCACGGGGGUCGUCGUGGUCGUGAAAAGACUCCCCAUCCGAGCUCAGUUCAUGGCGAACCACCCCUUCCUGUUCUUCAUAAGGCACAUCCAGACCAACACGAUUCUCUUUUGUGGCAAGCUCGCCUCUCCCUAA